AAAAGCAAAGAGAGUACAGGACAUAAAAUCCACACACACACAUAUAUAUAUAUAGAUAAAUCAAAUGAAUCUCUUAAUAAAUAUAAAUACAAUCUGAUCUAGGCAUCCAGCGAUGCAAUAUAGUUAUAUUACUAGAUUUGACAGCUUAAAAACCCCUUUUGGAGAUCUUUUCUCUCUGUAGAUACCAUUCCAUUCUACACCAAAGGAGCUUCUUCAUCUCAAACCAUCAACUAAUUAAAUCAAACCUUUGACAGCAAUUUCUUGUUCAAGAGAUGGGAAGUGGUUAUUUUGGGGAGCCAAACCUAGGGAAUGAAAAAUCAUAUUCAUCAUCAUCAAGAAAGAGUAAAAAGACCAAUUCAGAAAAACCUAAACAGCCACAAAGAGGUCUUGGUGUUGCUCAAUUGGAGAAGAUUAGAUUGCAUACACAAAUGGCUUGCACUUAUAACCCUUUUGCCACCAAUCUCAACCAGGAGGAUAUGAGACUACAAACACCAUAUUCAUCAAUUUCUUAUUCAUCAUCCUCAUCCUCAUCUUAUGGUUUUCCAGCCCACCAAACCAUUAUGAUGGGAUUGGGUGACAUUGAAAGAGCUAAUAUUAGAUAUGGAGAUUCCCAGCCACCUUCUACUGCUAGUACAUGGCAUCCUGGUACAGUUUAUGAGACUCAGCAUUAUGCUCAGCCAAACAUGACUAGAUGUCUGCUUAACCUACAAGUAGAGGACUCGCUAGAGAAGAGGAGAAAGAAGGACAGAAGUGAAUCAAUUGGCUCAAGUAGUCAGAAUUCUGAAUUAAAUGGCAGCCAAGAAUUAGAUUUGGAGCUGAGGCUUUCACUUUGAUCGCAUAAAGUUCUUCGUCAACCCAGUGUAUCUAUUCGCGAUUUAUUAUUAGCUUAUGGAGUAACUUUCAAGAUUAGAGCACCAUUUUGCCUUGGCCUUUGCAUAGAUGCACAAGUUUAAGCAAUUAAUGGAAAUUUGUUAGUCUCUUCUGGAAAAA